ACAACUAUUUUCACAAUGUUUAUGCAUAAAUCUGAUCGCAAAGCAAUUUAUACCGUGCUGUUCCGUUCGGGCGUAAUGUUCGCAGAACGUUCGCCGCAGAAGCGUCAUGUGGACGAGGAACUGAAGCAUCUGAGUAAUUUGCAGGUUAUCAAGACCCUGCAAUCCUUGAAGUCCCGUGGUUAUGUCUCGGAGCAGGCAGCCUGGCGUCAUUUUUACUGGUGUCUGAACAACGAUGGCAUUGAGUAUCUGAGGAGUUAUCUUCACAUGCCGACGGAGGUGGUACCUACUACCUUGCAACGUCGCAUGGAACCGGUGCGCAUGUCUCGCACCACGGAUGAGUCUCGUUCCCGUGGACCACGUGAUGGCAAGGAGCGGGAUGAUCGCUCUACUUAUCGCCGCAACGAACGUGGCAACGAUGUGGACAAGACGGGCUAUGUGGGAGCUGGAACUGGUUCCGUGGAGUUCCGUGGCGGCUUUGGACGUGGCCGAAAGUAGAAGAAUGCCCUCAAUAUUGAUAGCUAUGUAAUCAACUGAGUCUACGAAUAAAUUUAAUAUUUAUUCUGUA